AUGGCGGAUAUAAAGGAUGAUCUGUUCAAGCAAAAAGGCUGGUCGAAGAUCAAAAGUUUCUGUACCCGUGCCAAGGCAGAUGGCUGGGAGUGGGCCUGGAUGGAUACAUGCUGCAUUGACAAGACCAGCACCGGUGACACCCAAGAAGCCAUCAACGCGAUGUUUCGAUGGUAUCAGGACGCUGGGGUCUGCUACGCGUAUCUUUCCGACGUGGAUGCAGGGGGGUUGGAAGCAAUUGGUGGCCAUUCCGACCCUCACUACGCGAGACUCAAAGAGUCCUUCGUCAAGGCCAACUGGUUCACCAGAGGCUGGACAUUACAGGAACUGCUCGCUCCACACUACUUGAUGUUUGUUGACCAGCACUGGCACCAUAUCGGUACCCGAGAGAGCUGGGCCCUCGAGAUCAAGGAGGCCUGUAACAUUGACAGCCGCCAUCUGGUAGAUUUCAAGCCGACGGAACCCACAUCAUGUUCCAUAGCAAUGAGACUCUCCUGGGCUUCUCGACGUGAAACAACGGUAGAAGAAGAUGAGGCCUACUCGCUCUUGGGUCUCUUUGGAAUCAGCCUGCCCUUGAUCUAUGGCGAAGGAAGGUCACGGGCCUUCAGCAGGUUCCAGCGUGAGCUGAUCCUGACUUACAAUGAUGACUCCAUCUUCGCCUGGAAAGCAGAACGACCAUCCGCUGAGCAAUUUCCUCAUCUACAUUGGACAGAGAUAAAGGCAAAGCACUGGCGGCACGAAGAUCAUUCUUCCUGCAUCGUCCGGCUCAAUUGUGGCGAACCGCCCAGGGGACACAUUGGCAUCCUGCUCCGGCAGGUGAACGAUACGCAUGAAAGAAUCAGUAUCGACAAGCUUUGUGAUAUUGAAAACAUGGAUUUUGCUGGCUGGGGAGAGCCGAACAACACCCCUCUUCUCGUCAAGGCCGGUGGACAUUCAGAACCUGACCCCUGCCUAUCGGUAUUUGUUUUGGAAUAUCCAAAGCAGAUCCAGAUUGAAGGAAAGUAUCUAGUGAGGUUCGGACCCUCUGCUGUGGCGGGAGAGAUACAAUCAUUGCCCAAAAGUUCGUUCCUUCAGCACGCCACGGACAGAGAACUGUUGCUAGGCCCCGACCAAAUAGUCUUUGUCAAUAUUAGGCUUGAGUCCAAGGAGAAGGAAUUGGCGUAUGACGUUAUCAUCGAUCUCACAGAGAACAGUUUUCCUUCUGUCGGCAUCCGUAGCCGCUCGGAGGAGAACUGGGAACGUCUAGAUCAUCCCCUAGGCUCAGCGUCGGGAAUUUAUGAGUUCUUGGCAGAUUAUCUGCAUCAGCAAGUGCCUGGUCAACCGAUGUGGCCGUUGAAUCCCAGUAUCAGGGCAGAACCUUACGUUGUUGGGGUUCGUCUUAUUCCGCGGCCCCCAAAGGGGAGGUCACUUAAUACGUCCCCCGAGAACGCAAGAUUCGUGAGACUGAGGGAAUACACUGUCAAUAUCAGUGUUGAACAAACAGAUAACUAUGCUGAACCUAUGUCUGAGUGA